CUUGAAGGAAGGUGAUAAAAUUUGAAGACUUCCUCCUGGAGGAGUGGUACGUUCGGAGAAGAUCGCGAGUGUUUUUUGAAAAUUUUGUCCCCAAAUUUCGUUCGGCAAAAGAGUCCUGAAUUCAGUGCUCGAAAAUGAGGAGCACUAUAAUAUUGCUCAGUUUUCUGGUGACAACCAGUAGAGCGGAUAUAUCAGCAAUUCUCAGAGGAACCUACUCUCGCAACGAUAUCCUUGCCGAUGAUGGCUACCACUAUGAAAAACCAAAGAUCCCUUUUGAAACUCCCACGCGUCCUCCAAGACCACCUCCUCCAGUGACGUCCGGAUGCCCGGAGUGGCAACGUAAUCCAGAUGGUAGCUGCGGGUAUGAAUAUCAACGACCAGACCAAAGCUUUACACUGCCAAGCGAAGCAAGGCCACCAUCUACGACCACCACCACUACAACACGAAGGCCUGUAACGACUACUACCCGGAGACCACCUCCACCACCUACAAGGAAACCAGAUUGUCCACCGGCAGCUCAAAAUCCGGAUGGAACUUGUGGCUACUUCUAUCCAAAGCCAGAUCAGUCCUUUACGUUACCCCAACGUGUUACGACCACUACUCCAAGACCCACAACAACCACCACAAGAAGAACUACACCUCCACAGGAAUAUUUGCCACCAUCGACAACUACGAGGCGAACCACUCCACGGCCAACGACUACCACUACUAGGCCAACAACUACUACUACGAGGAGAACGACGACCACAACUCGUCCUCCGACCACUACGAGGUGUCCUCUUGGACAGCAGAAUCCUGGCGGAACCUGCGGAUACGUCUAUCAACGACCUGAUCAGAGCAUCACGGUUCCUCAGCGGCAAACGACUCGACGUCCAACGCCUCCCCUGGAAUACCUACCGCCGUCCACGACUACGACUACUAGGCGUACCACGACUACGACGACGACACGGCGUCCAACAACCACAACGCAGCGAAUUGCCCCAACUACCAAGUGUCCGCCGUCGCAGCAGAACCCCGAUGGUACCUGUGGAUAUUACUACGUAAAACCAGACCAGAGCUUCACCAUUCCGCAACGUGUGACAACUACGAGGCCAACGACGACAACAACCAGAUAUACGACCCGAAGAACUACGCCAUUCCAAGAGUAUCUACCGCCAUCAACCACCACCAGAAGAACAACUACUACCACACGACCAACAACUACCACAACCAGGAGAACUACCACUACUCAACGUCUAACCACGACCAGAUGUCCUCCGUCGCAGCAGAAUCCAGAUGGAUCGUGUGGGUACGUCUACCAGAAACCAGACCAAAGCUUCACCGUUCCACAGCGGGUCACUACAACUCGCCCCACGACGACAACCACCCGUCGAACAACAACUACCUAUCGAACUGUCCCAACUACCAGAUGUCCGCCUUCACAACAAAACCCAGACGGCUCCUGUGGAUACGUCUACGAGAAGCCAGAACAAAGUUUCACCUUGCCUCAGCGUGUUACUACCACAACAACGCGCAGAACUACUCCGCGUCAGGAAUAUUUGCCCCCAAGUACUACUACCAGGAGAACUACCACAACCACUCGCCCCACGACGACUACCACUCGUCGAACCACUACCACCUAUCGAACAGUCCCAACUACCAGGUGCCCGCCUUCUCAAUUGAAUCCAGAUGGCAGUUGCGGGUACGUCUACGAACGACCUGAUUCGAGUUUCACGGUACCUCAGCGAGUUACCACUACCAGACCCACCACAACAACAACCAGGCGGACAACAACGACUACUCGUCCAACGACUACAACUCGUCGUUUGACGACAACCACCCGGUGCCCUCCGUCACAGCAGAACCCGGAUGGCUCAUGUGGUUACGUCUACGAGCGACCUGAACAGAGCUUUACGCUACCUCAGAGAGUUACCACGACUAGACCUACCACCACUACCACUCGGUUAACCACGCGCCGUACAACUCCGUUCCAGCAGUAUCUUCCGCCAUCAACGACUACUACUCGCCGACCCGUCCCCACAACCAAGUGCCCACUGUCACAGCAAAACCCAGACGGUUCCUGCGGAUAUAUCUACCAGAAGCCUGAUCAAAGCUUCACAGUACCGCAGAGGGUGACGACCACCACUCGGCCUACGACAACUACCACUACUACUAGGCGUACGACAACUACUACUCGUCCAACGACGACAACUACUCGGAGAACGACCACCACCUACCGAACAGUACCGACGACCAGAUGUCCACCGUCGCAGCAGAAUCCGGAUGGAUCCUGUGGCUACGUCUAUGAAAAACCCGAGCAGAGCUUCACAUUGCCGCAACGAGUAACCACUACAACCACAACUCGGCGUACAACGCCGCCACAGGAAUAUCUACCUCCACGGACAACAACCCGUCCAACCACCCGUCCUACAACGACCACAAGACGUACUACUACUACGACUCGUCCUCCAACUACCACCACUCGACGCCCAACGACGACUCAAUGUCCUCCAUCCCAGCGUAACCCGGACGGAUCUUGCGGUUAUUUCUACGAAAAACCGGAAAGCAGUUUUACUGAACCCCAACGUGUCCCUACCACCAGAACCACAACGACUCGCCGAACAACUCCUUCGCAGGAAUACCUACCACCGUCAACAACCACCCGAAGGACCACUACUACCACGAGGCCAACAACCACCACCACUAGACGUACCACAACAACCACCAGACCGACGACAACUACCCGUCGGGUAACGACUACGCAGUGUCCACCUUCGCAACGAAAUCCAGAUGGAUCAUGCGGUUACUUUUACGAGAAACCUGAAAGCAGCUUUACACUGCCACAGCGUGUGACGACCACAAGGCCACCAACGACCACUACGAGGUUCACAACCCGCAGAACAACGCCAUCACAGGAAUAUCUUCCCCCAUCUACAACCAGGAGAGCAACGACUACAACAAGACCCACGACAACCACCACCAGGAGAACUACGACGACCACUCGACGUCCGCCGCCACCCCCCACUCAGUGCCCUCCAUCCCAACGCAAUCCAGAUGGGUCCUGUGGAUACGUCUACGAGCGGCCUGAAAACAGUUUUACUGUUCCGCAACGGGUAACGACGACGAGGCCUACGACUACCACAACUCGGUACACAACCCGCAGAACAACGCCUUCCCAGGAGUAUCUUCCACCCUCCACAACCAGGAGAACCACGACUACGACCAGACCGACGACCACCACCACCCGGCGAACCACUACAACGACACGACCAAGGCCAACCACCACACAGUGCCCUCCAUCGCAGCGUAAUCCGGACGGAUCCUGUGGAUACUUCUAUGAAAAACCUGAGAGCAGUUUCACGCUUCCUCAACGAGUGACUACCACGAGGCCGCCGUCGACCACCACUCGGUUCACCACCCGCAGAACAACGCCUUCCCAGGAAUAUCUUCCACCUUCGACGACGACAAGAAGGACUACGACUACCACCAGACCAACGACGACCACCACAAGAAGAACUACGACGACCACUCGACGUCCGCCGCCACCCCCCACUCAAUGCCCGCCAUCGCAAAGAAACCCGGACGGAUCCUGUGGUUACUUCUACGAGAAGCCUGAAAGCAGCUUCACCCUACCGCAGCGGGUAACGACCACGACAACUGCAAGACCCACAACCCGCAGGACAACACCCUCGCAGGAAUACCUGCCUCCUUCGACGACGACGACAAGGAGGACCACCACAACGACCAGGCCAACGACGACCACCACACGGAGGACUACGACGACAACUCGUCGGCCGGUGCCACCCACCACGCAGUGUCCUCCGUCGGAGCGUAAUCCGGACGGAACCUGCGGCUACUUCUACCAGAAACCGGACAGCAGUUUCACCCAACCGCAGCGGGUGACCACCACGCGGCCUACGACCACCACCACCAGGCAAACCACUACCACUCGAAGGACAACUCCAGCCCAAGAGUACUUGCCUCCAUCUACUACGACGACUACCAGACGUCCACCAACGACGACUACUACGCGAAGAACAACUCCAGCUCAAGAAUAUUUGCCACCCAGCACAACGACGAUCAGAACUACAACUACUACUCGACCAACUACAACCACGAGGCGCACAACUACGACAACGCGGCCUACAACUACCACUACGAGGAGGACUACACCCGCCGUUGAAUAUCUACCACCGUCUACAACUCAGCGGACAACUACAACGCCCCGCCCAACCACGACAACCACACGUCGACCGCCGCCAACCACCACUCGCCCAGUGACAACCACCGAGAAGAAGUGCACCGGUUCAGAAGUCAACCCGGACGGAAGCUGCGGUUACGACUACCCGAAACCUCCGAAACCGUUCACCAUGCCUCCGCCACCACCACCAACAACCGCCGCACCCGAGUACCUCCCUCCGGAACAAUUCACCGGAUAUUCCUAUCCGAAACCUGCCAUACCCUUCAAUUUCUAAGUCGGUCUUCACGGAUCGACCCUCCCCCCGCCCCCCCACUGUAUAUAGUUCUUUAGUUAGGCUCAAUUAUUUCCCUCCGAUGCCAUUAUUCCCCCUCAAAGUCCUCAUCUUACCACACUCAACCGUAUAACACUUGUUAAUGUUUUUUAGAAACUGUUUUAUUACUCGAAACGGAACACUGCCGCCGUCUUCUGACGAUACGCCCUCGCAGAGGCGUAUCGGCAACUCGAACAACCAACACUCACUAGCUUUAGGAAUCGGCAGAGGAGCGAUGCGCGUUAGGCUUAAGUUUCACGUUUUAGUUCACGAAUAGGACGAUGAUCGGACGAACAAGUAACUACCUUUGUAGGAAAACGGGCCGUCUAGUUGUGGCCGUUGUUUUACCGCUUGAUAUCAAAUCAACCAAUACUCAAUUGUUUACCAGUAGUGUACCAGUGAAGGGAUACGUGUCUGUACGUACGUACUACAACUCUAAUGUGAUCUGAACUUGUCUCCAGAAUGUGCGAUAUUAAGGUAGUGACCGAGGGGUUGGGAAACUCCUCGGUUAGAUUUAGUAGAGGAUGCGAGAGUAUGCGAACUACUGUAGAAUAAAGU